AUGGCGCCGCCCCCUAAACGGCGGGCGGUGGACGCAACCGCGGAGAAAGUGCUGCGCUACGAGGCUUUCAUCUCUGAUGUGCUGCAGCGGGACUUGCAAAAGGUCCUGGACCAUCGCGACAAGGUAUAUGAGCAGCUGGCCAAAUACCUUCAACUGGGAAAUGUCAUUGGGCAACUCCAGGAGGCUAAUCACUCGGAGUUAUAUAUGCAGGUGGAUUAUGGGCUGUAA